AUGGCGACCAUUGCCAAGCAUUUGGUCUCCAAAAAGAAGCGCCGCUUCAUGGAUGAGGGCUUUGACCUCGACCUCACCUUCAUCACCCGCAACAUUGUCGCCAUGGGCUUUCCUGCCGAGGGCCGGGAAGGCAUUUACCGCAACCACAUGCGCGACGUCAAGCGCUUCUUCGACUAUCGCUGCAAGGAUCACUACCGCGUUUACAACCUGUGUUCCGAGCGCGAUUAUGACCCGCAAAAGUUUUACGGCCGCGUUGCAAAGUAUCCUUUCGAUGACCACAACGCACCCCCCUUCCUUCUGAUGCAGCCCUUUUGUGAAGACGUACACCAGUACCUCAGCGAAGAUUCUCGCAACGUCGCCGUCAUUCACUGCAAAGCUGGCAAGGGCCGAACCGGCGUCAUGAUCUCCGCCUACCUGAUGCACUGCGGCCUGUUUGAGAAAACCGAGGAAGCCCUCGAGUUUUACGGCCAUGCCCGCACCAUGAACGGCAAGGGCGUCACCAUUCCCAGCCAAGUGCGCUACGUUCACUACUACGGCCGCUACGUUCGUGAACAGCGCGAGUUUGAACCCAUCCCACUCAUCAUGAAGCGCAUCAUCCUCCACGGCAUCCCCGACUUUAAGGACGGCACUUGCGUGCCCCAAUUCACUCUUCGUCAUGGGCCGCAACACGUCCUCACCUUCAAGAGCGGCUGGUACGAGGGCAUCUCUCGCGAGCAAGGCACCGCCACGCUGGAGCUGAAGCCCCACACCCCGGUCUGCGGCGACGUCAAACUCGAGUUUAUCCACCGCAAGGGCAGCUCUGGCAAGGAAAAAAUGUUUCACCUCUGGUUUAACACCUUUUUUAUCGUCAACAACCGCUUUUAUGCGGCCCAGUCCGAGGUCGACAAGGCCAACAAGGACAAGAAAAACAAAAUUUACCCCGAAGGCUUUGCCAUUGAGAUCCUCUUUGACAAUCCCGAAGGCAACGCCAAAACCUCCUCCCCGCUCGCUGCCAACAGCCUCUCUGCAUCAACCGCGUCCGCCCAAGGCAUGGUUCCCACGGCAUCAGACGGCUCAGAUCCCGCCAUACCUGCCACUUCCCGUGGUGGCCAGCCCAUGCUCCCCUCUCGCGGGCCCGAUGCUUCUGGAGAACCCCUGAGUGCCAUUCCCGGAAAACUCACCCACCGCGACUCCAACGUCUCCCAGGCUCCCGAAUUUUCCGAUUCGGACCUCACAACCACCGACGAGGAUGACGAUGAAUGGGAGGGCCUUCCCAUCAGCGAUGUAUAGCUACCAUGUCCUAACCCUCUCCUGUCCCUCACGCCCCCCACCCUACUUUACCACAUUCCGAUUUUAUAGACUGCAGUCCUAUUGACUUGUUUCGUGGUUUCUGUUUUUCUCUUUACUUUUUUUUUUCUGUUUAUGUGUUGUCGUUGGUCUUGUGUGAAUCCUUAAUCCGCCUGGCUUUUUUACCCUCGCCUCUGUUCUGAACGGUUAGGCCAGCCCACAGCCCCUUGUCGCCUUGCGUGGAUCCAAUGCUGCCCGUGUGCAUCCCCCUGUUGUUCCCUGGUUUGUGUUGGUGAUUUCGAUCAGAGGCCUUGGGCCGAAGGCACUGGACUCGAGUCUUUGUGUCUGCCGGCCCUUGUAGUGGCGAGUGUGGCGUUUUGGUCGCACUUCAGAUUGCCGCGUGUUUAACACGGCCCGUAUGCAAUCAGUGCCAAGUGCUUUAUCAAUGUCUUUAUGCUAUCAAGUGGUGCAGCGCCGCCACUCUUGUCUCCAAAUUCAUUCGUCAUUGGUUUUUUUU